CAAUUUUUAAUCUAAAUUUACAAACACACUCACCCACCCUUUUCUUUUCUCUCUUUUUGUGCUUCAAUCAUGUCGAGUGGAAGGAAAAGCCGAGGUCGCCAAAAGAUUGAGAUUAAAAAAAUGAGCAACGAGAGCCACUUGCAAGUGACUUUCUCGAAGCGCCGUAGUGGUCUCUUCAAGAAAGCCAGUGAGCUUUGCACCCUCUGCGGUGCAGAUGUUGCUCUCGUUGUUUACUCACCUGGGGAGAAGGUAUUUUCAUUUGGCCACCCCAAUGUUGAUACAGUCAUAGAUCGUUAUCUCUCUCGAGUCUCAUCCCAAAACAAUGGUACCAUGCAAUUCAUUGAGGCUCACCGUAGUGCCAACGUGCGUGAGCUUAAUACUCAGCUAACUCAGAUCAACCACCUAUUGGACAUUGAGAAGAAACGUGCUGAAGAGUUGAGCCACUUGUGUAAGUCGGUCGAGACUCAAUUUUGGUGGGAUGGUCCCGUUGAUGGGAUGAACAGGGUCCAACUUGAAUUAUUCAAGAAUGAUUUGGAGGAGCUUAAGAAACUUGUUGCACAUCAUGCUGAUAGGCUUGUAAUCCAGAGUGCUCCUACUCAAACCCUUCCUCUUUUUUUUUGA